AAUAGGAAGUAAAAUAGUCAGACAUAUUGGAUUUUAUACCAGAAUGGCGUUUUCACAAUCUUUAAAACGAGGACAAGCUCCUGCUACAUGUAAUUUUUGUGAAAAAGACACCAAGAUAAAAUGGAAAUGCAUUAAUUGUGACGUUCUCAUGUGUGAUAAAUGCAAGGACAAAAUUCACGCUAAAUUAAGAAAUAGUAAAGAACACAAUGUUAUAGAUAUCAAAGAAAUCGGAAUGUAUUAUAGUGAACUUGACUUUAGCGUUUUGAAAUGCGAGGAACACACAGGACAGUCUGCCGUUAUGUUUUGUACGUCGUGUGAUAGGCUUGUGUGCACAUCAUGCAUUUCUAAAAUCCACAAUGGCCAUGGGUUAGUAGAAAUAAGUGAGGGUUAUAACCUUAAACUGGAAAAAUUAAAAACUGAAAAAUCAGAAGCACAAAAACAAUUUAAAGAGUUGACAAAAGAAAAAGAAAAAGUAAGUCCAGUUGAUAUAAAAGACAAUGAACAAUACAAAGAUUUAAUACUGAAAAUCGAGGCUCAUAAUAUCGAAAUAAAAACAUCAGCUGACAAAUAUUCAGAAGAAUUAAAAGGUGAAUUAAAAAGAAAAUGGAGUGAAUUUCAGGUGGGAAAAGCCACAAAGAAACUCGAGAAAGUCGAAGAUAACUUUAAUAAACUCAUUUUAAAUAUCGAAGCUCUCAUGACAUCCAAGGAAGCCGAAACAGUUUUUAUCGGGUGUAAAACGUUGUCAACGGACAUCAGUAUAGAUGAAAUCGAUCACACUACCAUAUCAUUUCUCCCGGGACAAAUAUCACCUUAUAACGUGGGAUCGUUACAGGUUGUGUCUAAUGCCGUCAACGUACGUAUCGUUAAACAAUUCCAAACUGAUAUUUCUCAAGUGUUAUUUCUAUCGUUAUGUCCUGACAAUUCCUUGUGGAUGAGAAAUAAUGACGUGUUACAGAAAGUAAAACUAGUAGAACAUAAACUGACAGUAGAAUCAACAUUUAACAUUAAAGUCUAUGGAAUGGCGGUUACUCCGACUGGUGACCUGCUUCUGGUAUCGAGUGGAUCAGUACUGAAACAAAUCAGUAGUAAAACAGGAGAACUUUCUGAUUCUAUUAUCGAUGCACAACCAUUUGAUCCUAUCUCUGUACAUGUGACUAAAAGUGGUAAAGUCAUAGUGGCAGGCAGACGAGCUAUCAUUGUGAUGAACCAGAAAGGAGAACAUGAAACUAUCUAUGAAUUUGACAAAAACAACAUUCGAAUAUUUACAUGUGUUAAGAGUAUUACAAAUACAGAUAAUGGGAAUAUCUGUGUAGUGGAUAGGUUAUCUGAUGAUGGUAGAGGUAGAGUUGUGGUGCUAAAUAGUGACGGAGAUAUCCUACAGAUCUACACCGGUCAUCAUGAUGUCAAUAAUGAGGAAAAUCCGUUUAAACCAGUGAAUAUUGUUACUACACCGUCUGAUAAUAUUAUUGUGGUAGAUUUGGUAACUUAUGUCUUACAUAUACUGAAUAACUGUGGCAACCUGAUCACGCAUUAUAACACAGGCGACUUAGGAAUAGAAAUGCCACAUUCCCUUUGCUUCACAAGAACUGCGGGACAAUUGUAUAUUGGAUGUACGAGAGGAGUAGGAAGUUUAGAGAAAGGAAAGUUAUACGAAGUGAAUAUUUCUGGUUGUUAG